CAGCUGCCUGUUGGAAGCUGCUGUAAAAUGUCGUGACGGGCGCUGCUGCUUUACGGCUGCCUCUCCCUAAGUGGAGCCCUGGAGCGCCCACCGCCGUCAGCCCUGUCUCUACGAGUCGGCCGGGCAAGAUUGAGAGACCCGGCGCGCCGCUGCCCUCCCCGCCGCGCCCGUUCCGGCCCUCGGCGAUGUGAGCUCGAGGAGGCUGCGGUGCCCCCCCGGCCUGGGGUUGAGACGGGCGGCAGGUGCCUGUGAGGCGGGCGGGUGCUGGGGGCCUGCAGGAUGGAGGAAAGCAUGGAAGAGGAGGAGGGGGGUAGCUACGAGGCGAUGAUGGACGACCAGAACCACAACAACUGGGAGGCCGCCGUGGACGGCUUCCGGCAGCCCCCCCCACCCCCUCCGCCCCCUGCUUCGAUCCCAGCCCCUGCCCGAGAGCCUCCGGGGGGUCAGCUGCUGGCGAUGCCUGCGGUCUCCGUGGACAGGAAAGGCCCCAAGGAGGGGCUCCCGAUGGGGCCACCGCCGGAGCCGAAUGGGGUGAUCAUGAUGUUGAAGAGCUGCGACGCGGCUGCCGCCGUGGCCAAGGCGGCCCCCGCCGCCACCCCCACCUCCAGCAUCAACAUCAACACCUCCACCUCCAAGUUCUUAAUGAAUGUUAUAACUAUUGAAGAUUAUAAGAGCACAUACUGGCCAAAAUUGGAUGGUGCCAUAGAUCAGCUUUUAACUCAGAGUCCUGGUGACUAUAUCCCCAUAUCCUAUGAACAGAUAUACAGUUGUGUGUAUAAAUGUGUAUGCCAGCAGCACUCGGAACAGAUGUAUAGUGAUCUGAUUAAAAAGAUAACUAAUCACUUAGAAAGAGUCUCAAAGGAGCUGCAGGCCAGCCCUCCAGAUCUCUAUAUUGAAAGAUUUAAUAUAGCUCUUGGACAGUAUAUGGGAGCAUUGCAGAGCAUUGUGCCUCUUUUCAUAUAUAUGAAUAAGUUUUACAUCGAAACCAAGCUUAACAGAGACUUAAAAGAUGACCUUAUAAAGCUGUUUACGGAACAUGUUGCAGAAAAGCACAUUUACAGCCUAAUGCCUUUACUUUUAGAAGCCCAGUCAACACCAUUUCAGGUCACACCUUCAACUAUGGCAAAUAUUGUGAAAGGCCUGUAUACUCUCAGACCAGAGGUGACCAGUCCCGGAAGAGAGCUGGGGAUGAGUUGGCUUAUAACAGCUCAUCAGCAUGUGCAAGUUCCAGAGGGUACAGAUAGUGAAUGUAUUGAAUGUACUUUCCUUCCUGAAAAGAGGACACACUGGAGCUGCAGAGACUGUAUUCAGAGCGCAGCGGGGUCCUGCAGACACUCAGGAGCUCUGUCACCAAGCUGUUCUUGGAAAAGGAUGUUGGAGUUCUUACUUUGGUUUGUAAUUUUAAAAAACAAAAAACUAACAAAAAACAAAACAGUUGCUGCUAGACUUGGGAAUGAUUUUGAAAUGGGACAAUCUUCUAAUGACUUUAUCUACAGAUUCCGUGAGGAACAAGCGUCAUGAAGAGUGACCAUUGCUAAGUGAGAUCCAGCAGCCAAAGUCAGCAGCUUCCUCCAAAAAUAUAAGAGCAGAAGAAUCUUUUUUAUUUUUUUUUUUAAAGCACUUGUUUUGUUCAUUUGCGGACUUGGCACUUUGGCAUAUUGGUUUCAUACAGAAAGAUACCUUUUGCUUUAAAAUCAAGCAGAUCAUUACAAUACAGUAUUUUUCACCCCUAACCAAAACAAACCCCUUUAAAAGAGUUGGUCUUUGUUUAGCAUUAGAAAGUCUUCUUACAGGAAGAUGCUAACUCUGCUUCCAAUAUAACUUCUCCCCCCCACCCCCGCCCGCACCAUCAGUUCACAACUUUUCUACUCUGUGCCUUCAGCUUUGUGCACUUUGCAGCUCUGUGACCAUGUUGUCAAACUCACAAAUGCUUCCUGAAAAAGUUGAUGGUAUCACAGACUAACUUGCCAAGAUGUCAGGUGUGACUUCAUAGCAGGAUGCUAAAUAAGUGGGAAAAUAGAAACAUGUUGCACGUUGGUCAGAUUUCCUCCUGCCUCACCGUGGCUUGUUCAUGUUAAUGUUGGGGACCAACUCUCGUAGACCAUUUCCAUUCCCUCCGUCACUUAACAUGCUCUCACCGACUGCUGGAGUGUUGGCAUUACGCUAGUUUAGGGCUGGCCGGUACUUUAGCACUAAAGCUCCCUUUUUAAUAUUGUUGAGAAUUACCCAGUGGUAAAAGCUGAUUCCUGUGAUGCUCUACGAAGCAGAUACGGUAAUUAAAUUCACACACAGU